AGAGAUGUGUUUUGUGUGCGUUAAUAUUGGACAUCACUAUCAGUAAUAUUAUUUUCAAUUAUUAAUUUAUUUUUAUGCAUUAAUCGAAAUUGUUUAUAGUAAGUAAUAAGGCAACUGCUACCUACCUAGGAAAAAACAAUUAGACCAUGCAAUAUUGAGUGGCAUGAACAUUUGUUAGGUCUUCAAUUUCUCAAAUUGAAGAAGAAAUGGAUGAGGAAGGAAAACUACCACUGAAACGAGUUGAGUUAUCACUAUCCAAGUUCAAUGAAGUAGCAAUUCCUCAUCACUUAGACCUAUUGCGACAACACAAAGCCAAUAUUCUAAAGUAUGAGGAAACAGGUGACUACAGUCGUGUCCGAAGUGAACAAGUACAUGCACGUCGCGUGUCAUCUCAACUGAGAGUGUUGCUUGGUGAGAUGGAGGCUCUUAGAAGGCAGGUUUGCUGUGCUGAUAGAGGUCGUUUUGACAAACUCACACAACACUCCAGAGAUCUCACCUUGAAAGCAAUAAUGGACUAUCUAGGUGUUAUAGAGAGGAGUUGCAUUGCAAUAGUAGAGUCAAACGAAACACGAGCAUCUGGUUGCGAGACGAGUCCUUUGUCCGUUAAUCGUCCGGCGGCACCGGUGAUGGAUGACGGCGUGGAGUCCGGCAGCCUGGCAUCCACGGACUCCGUCGGGAUAGUCCCGGAGCAAGUGCAGCUGCGAGUGGAGCCCGACGCUAGCAUGUCGCUGCGGGAACGCGAAGCCGUGUUGGCGGGAUGGAGCGCGCUGCAGAGCGAGGUGAGGGCUCUGCACGAGGCCUGGCAGAGCGUGCAAGCCGCCGCCCUGCGCCAGAGGCGACCUCUGGAAGCCGCCGCCGUCGGCGUUGAAGUUGCAGCCGACGCCGCGAGUGACGCGCGUACGCAUUUGGCGCUCGCCGAGAGGCUGCGGGCGGGCAUGUACGGAGUGGGCGGCGCGGUGGCCGGAGCCGCCCUGUUCGGGCCCGCGGGGCUACUGCUGGGGGCAAAGGCCGGCGCCGCGGCGCUCGUGGCCGGCUCCGCGGUCGGCUACCUCGCCGCCGCAGUAGUGGGUCGCCGCCGCCGGGCGCAGAUCGACGAGCAGCCACCCAAUAAGCGCCAGUAACCGUAAAAAAAAACAGUUUGUUUCUAUGCUGAUCGAUUCGAGAUUUUGACUUAACAAAAUAUUAUUAAAGCUACUCACAAAAAGAAGCCACUUAGGGCUCGCCCUGUUACGGCUCAAGAGACUACUUUUUUGUCUGUUAUUUGUAAGUACAUAAUAUAUAUAAAGGUUGAAAGUAUUUUUAUAGUACAUAUUCUAUUACUAAAUAUUUGUACCUUGUAGGUAAAAUCUGAUAUUUUCUAGUCAGGAUUAGGUGAUUAAGCAACUCCUGUGGAUGUUAUAAGGCAGCCCAUAGCACUUUAAGUUUUGCUAUGAAAUGGAAUAAAUAAAAAAAAUUGCGUGCGUACAAAGUACACAUGUCAGAAGUGUAACUUCGGUAUAAAUUAAUUAUUACUAAGGUAAAAGCCCCUACAGAUGAUAAUUUAUUUUUUUUCAUGUACCAGUAUAUGAUAUGAUCAAUCCAUGUAUUCGUAUAUCUAUUAUUCACACUGUUUACACACUAUAUGUGUCUAAGGUGUUAAGCUAAAUUGCCACCUAAAGUUCUAACAUUGAACUACUAAACGCAUACAUCAACCAAUAGUUUGUAUUUUUUUUAUUAAGAUGUUUCACUUAAUAUUUUUGUUAAUUCUUAGUUGGCUAGUAAACUACUAAGAGCUGCCAAGCUUUGUCUAUUAUGAUUAUAUGACAAUGCUAUUAUGAUUUUUAAUUUCCUCUUUAAUUAUAAGAAACUGUUUUUAUGUAAGAAUGAGACUAGGAAGGACCUAGGAACUUUGUUAAUACUGAGGUGACUAUUAAAAAUAGAAAUGUAAAUAUAUUUUUCUACAACCAUUA